CAGAACUGGUGACAUGCACAUCAUCACCAUGCUCUUCUUACCAGUGCUGCUCCUGCUUUCUUGUGUGGAAUCCACUCCCACCUUUGACUACCAAGACUCCUUCUCCGGGGAUGUCCUCACCUGUGACAAGUGUCCACCCGGCACCCACAUAACCGACUACUGCACCGCCACCACGCCCACCGCGUGCGCGCCCUGCAGAAGGCAGCACUACACCGAGUUGUGGAACUACCUGCCCAAGUGUCUCUACUGCAGCAAUUUCUGCACCGAGAACCAGGAGGUGGAGACGGAGUGCACAGAGACCAGCAACCGGGUCUGUCGGUGCAAAGACGGCUUCUACUUGACCGGGGACUCUUGUGUGAGGCACAAAAAGUGCCCCCCCGGACGCGGAGUUCAAACAAAAGGCACGUCGCAGAGAAACACGGUGUGCCAAAGGUGUUCCGAUGGUCACUUCUCUCCCUCACGGUCUGCGCUGGAAUCGUGCGCAAAACAUCAGGAAUGCGCAAGCGGACAGAUAGCGCUCCUGCGCGGCUCAGUCGACCACGAUAUAAUGUGUGGCUCAUGCGAGGAUCUCGCAAAUGUUGAGACGCUGAGGACAUUCUUCUCAAGAUUAUUCAGUUUGAACUGCAUUCGUGCAGUACAAAUGUGGAAAUGUAUUGCCAGGCGCAUUAGCAACGCAAACGAGGGGCCUCUCCCCAAAAGGAGGAAUCCUCUGAUGGAUUGGAUCAGAGCGUGGCUGGCCCGGGCUCCAAAGGAGCAGCUCAACGCACUGCCAAAGAUGCUGAAGACUUCACAGCUCUGCACCAUUGCAGAGAAACUAGAGAGAGUUUUCAAUGAGAUUAAGCAGCAGAGCCCAAACUGUACUUUACCGUUUGAUGUUUAGAUAACAGAGUCUAUGCAGCUUGCGCUAUAGUCAUACACCUCUGUCUCUUAUUUUGGAUUCCAUUUUGGCUUCAUAUAUAUUUUCUUAUACUGCAUGGUUUUCUCAGAGAGUGAUACCUCAUUCCGUGUGUUAUCCUCCCUAGCAGAAGGGACAUGCGAUUACACAUAGCAUUAGGCAGCUUCACAAACAACGAUGAUGGUCCAUGUCCAUGAGCAGUAUUACUUAAAAUACCAAAAGGUAGUAUACAGAAGAUUGUGAAUGCACAAUUAAGAAUGUCAUGAUUAAGAUGUUGAUGAUGAAAAAUAUAGUCAGGUCUUGUCUUUGUAUCAUGAACUUAGGUCAGACUAUUUACUUCAGGGUAUAAGGAGAAAAAAAGUGAUUAUCUGUCUUGGCUAAACAGGAGGGGAACAUCACAAGUAAAAUACACAAGUACUACAUUCAACAUGACGUUGUUACAUCAUUAAAAUGUUACAUUACUUUUAGUAAAUUCCUAGAACUUGUAAUGAUAUGUAAAUGUAUGUGUCAUAAAAUAUACGAGGUUCUGUAAUAUGUUGCGAUUUCAAAGGGAACAUUUGUCACAAUAAAUAAAGUUUAGCGGCAUA